AUGGAUAAGUAUUGUAAACAGAAGGCAAAACAAUUGUUGCGGGCAAACGAAUUGUUGCGAGCAAAAGAUAUUCGAGGGCGUAGCGUCCUACAUAUUGCUGCUGCCGGGGGUGAUACCGCUCUCUGCAAGUUCUUUCUUAAGACGGUCAAAAUUGAUGUUAAUAUCACAGAUUUUAAGGGUCACACUCCUUUGCAUUAUGCAAUUGCAGAAGGUCAUAAUUUUAUGGCUUCUUCUUUUCUGCUAAAUCAAGGAGCAAAUCCUAAUUUGGCAAGCGAUGCUGGAUUGACUCCAUUAUACUAUGCUGCCGUAAAAGGAAAAAAAGACCAGAUGAAAUUGUUGGUAUUAAAAGGUGCUCAAGUUGAUGCACCAUCGCUUAUAAAAGGCACGCCAUUGCGAUUUGCUGCGGAAUAUGGCGUGAAAGAGGGUGUUAAGUUUUUGCUUGAUCAUAAGGCUAAUGCUGGAGCUGACCCGAAUCUUAGUUUACAAGGAGAAAGCCCUUUGACUAUGGCUGUUCUUGUAGACGAUGCAGAGAUUAUCAAAUGCUUGCUUAAGGCUGGAGCUGAUGCUAACGCUAUCGAUUUUUAUGAUUUCACACCAAUAGAACUCGCGGCUAAGGCAGGUAAAGUUGCGCUUAUAAACAUCCUCUUCGAUGCUACUGCUCGAAUUCCUCAUAUUCCGAAUUGGAGCUGUCAAGGAAUACUCGAGUAUACCAACUCUGAGGAAGCUAUAGAAAAGCGUGUAUCCAAAGUUAUAUCAAAGUUUCUAGGAGCUAGAGAUAGAGGAACACAAGCCUUGGAAGCAAAUGAUUAUCAGUCUGCAAUUUACUGGUUCACAGAGGCUAUCACGACGUUUCCAUUGGAACCAUGCGUGUAUGUCGACAGGAGCCUAUGUUGGAUGCGCCUCAACGAUGCGAAGCGUGCACUCAGUGAUGCAGAACAGUGUAUAAAGCUGGAACCAGAAUUUUGGAGAGGACAUUACCGGAGUGGAGAAGCUCACAGAAUGUUGCAGGACUAUGAUAUGGCAAAAGAAGCUUUUAAGACUGCUAUCAAGUUUUGCCCUGAGAAUAAGGAGCUUCAGGAUGCUUACAGCGAGGUUUUAUUGGAAGAAGCAAUGCCAGUUGGUGAACGUGAUCGUCGCCGACCCAUUGCUGAUUAUGAUCCUAGCUUGUUCUAG